ACAAUAAUUAAUAUCUAUGGCUUCCAAAGCUCAAGCAUCGGCCGCCACCAUUUUUCUUUCCUUCAACCUCUUCUUCUUCGCCGUCACCACUGCAACUCAUCAAUACCCUGCUAUCCCCGGAUUCCCCGGCGGCACUGGCAACGGCGGCGGAAAUGGUGGUGGCAACGGCGGCGGAGGAGGAGCAGGACGAUGCCCGAGAGAUGCUUUAAAAUUGGGUGUAUGUGCAAAUUUACUAGGCGGAUUGGUGGGGGCUGUGGUGGGUUCUCCUCCGACAUUGCCAUGCUGCAGCUUGAUCGCCGGACUGGCAGAUUUGGAGGCGGCGGUUUGCCUUUGCACCGCCAUCAGAGCCAACGUGCUCGGAAUUAAUCUCAACAUUCCGGUGGCUCUCAGCCUGGUCCUCAAUGAUUGUGGGCGUCAAUUUCCAAAUCGCUUCACUUGCUAAGCAUAUAUAUGUUGCAUGCAAGCAAGCUAUAACACUAUCGUGUACUUUAUGCAAUUUCAUGUU